GAGAGAGAGAGAGAGAGAGGUAGAAGUGGAGAAAGGAGGGGAGAGAGGAGAUUGGAGCAGAGGUGAUCUUGCCCUCAUUAGUGUCAGGACUACAGGAUGACUAUGGGUUGAGAAGGGGAUGAUGGAAGCAAACAAAGUUCUUCAUUUUGUGCCAUCCGAGGCUCCCUCCUCGGGGAUGGCUAAGAAUGGAUACUUUUAUCAAGAGAUGGAGCAGAGGGAGCAAGAGGAACAGGAUGAGGGGAGCGAGGAGCGAGAGGAGGGCCAGGACUCUCCCAUCCCAUUAGGAGAUGACAUACAUCUCUACGGCAACCAGACACACCAAGGAGGAGCAGAAUCCGAUGUCCAUGGCUCUGUUCUGCUUAACACGUCUCGAAAGUAUGUGAAACUGAUGAACUUCGAGGAAGAGGUGCGAGCUCACAGGGAUCUGGACGGGUUUCUGGAGAGGGCCAGUAUUCUGCUACAUGAGGACGAGGCAUCACUGGACGAUGUGUUGAAGACAAUGCUCCGCCACGUCUCUCAGGACCCACACACCGCCGAGCCCGCCUGCAACUUUGAGGAAAUCAUGAGCUCGUUAUUCACAGACGCCGGGUCACAAGAGGUCAAUGACAGGUCGGCAAAUUUCAUUUUCUAUGACAACGUGCAUCUGUUGUCAGAGACGCUGCAGUGUGUGACAGCCACAGCCACAGGGAUACAGUACCAGCAGUCCUGGCUUUGCAUACUCUGUAAUGUGAAGAACCUGCAGAGGCGGCACGUGUGUAUCUCUCGCCUGGAUCGUCCACAGAACUGGGGGGAAAAUUGUGCAGAAGUCCGCUAUGUUAUCCUCAUUUUGGCACCUUCUAAAAUGAAAAGCACUAAGACGGCAAUGGAGCUGGGCAGGACGUUCGCCAGCAUGUUCUCGGACAUCUCCUUUAGACAGAAGCUGCUAGAGAGUAAGACUCAGGAGGAGUUUAAAGAGGCGCUGGUCAUCCAGAGGUACCACCUGACGGCUGCCAAACGUAAAACCACAGCAGUGGAGGGUGAAGAGACUGACCCACACAGCCAAAAACCACUGAAGUCUGCAGAAUCUGUGUUCUCUCAUCUUGUGUCUCUCUCUCUGCUGUGCAGGGGGCCCUGUUGUAGAGAUUUUUUCAGAGUGGGCAGAGGAAUCUAUGAGGAUCUGUGUCGUCGUUUGCCUCUCUACCCGUCUGACUUCACUGAUGGAUUAGUGGGCAAUAACAAAGCCCUGGUGAAGUUCAUGACGACGUCCAUCUUCCUCUACAUUGCUGUGCUGCUUCCUGCCAUCGCUUUUGGCUCACUCAAUGAUGAGAGCACUCGGGGAGAGAUAGAUGUUCAGAAGACGAUCAUUGGUCAGAGUAUAGGUGGAAUCAUCUACUCGUUAUGUGCUGGAUCACCUCUGGUCAUUCCACUGACCACAGCACCCAUCGCUAUUUUCAUUAGUGUGAUUAGGGGGGUCUGUGAUGAUUAUGAGCUGGACUUUGCAGCAUUUUAUGCAUGUAUCGGUCUGUGGAACAGCCUCUUCCUCAUCAUGGGUGGCGUUUUCAACCUCAGCCUGCUUGUUAAGCUCUUCAAGAGGUCGAUAGAGGAGGUGAUAGCUUUGUUCAUAUCCAUUGCUUUUGUAGCAGACGCAGUAAAAGGCACUGUCAAAAUCUUUCAUGAGUACUACCAUGCUCCCACCCUGGCCAAUGGGAGUGCAGCAGAGUUGAGUCGUAUCAGCGGAAGUGUACAUUUAGGAGAACUUAACCUGACAGAAGUGGUGCCCGUUUCCAUCCCAGAAUCCUUCAUUCUGUGCACACGGGAACGGCCACUUCUCUUUCUCCUCCUCAUGCUGGGUACACUGUGGGUAGGAUACACACUCUACCAGUUCAGGAGAAGUCCAUUUCUGCAUGUGAAGAUGAGAGAGAUUCUGUCUGACUGUGCUCUGCCUAUCUCAGUGCUUGUCUUCUCUUAUGUGGGAUCAUAUGUCUUCAACGACAUUGCCUUGCCGGUGUUUAACUUCCAUCAAGGUCCAGUGUUUCAAGUUGCUCCAUUGGAUAAGCUGUCUGGAGCGAGUGUUCUGAGCGCAAUGGGUCUGGGCUUCCUCCUGUUUCUCCUCAUCUUUAUCGACCAGAACAUUGUGGUGUCACUUACAAAUGCACCUGAGAACAGGUUACUGAAGGGCACAGCAUAUCACUGGGACCUGACUCUGUCUGGCUUGAUUAAUAUUUUGAUGUCUGUGCUGGGCAUGCCGUGGAUGCAUGCUGCAUUCCCUCACUCCACUCUGCACGUCAGACAGCUGGCCAUAGUGGAAGAGCGGGUGGAGGGAGGACACCUUUAUGAAACUAUAGUGAGUGUGAAGGAGACGCGGGUGACCUCGCUCGUGGCUAACAUCCUCAUAGGUGUGAGUGUGUUUCUGCUGCCAGUCCCGCUGCAGUGGAUUCCUAAGCCUGUGCUCUAUGGGCUCUUCCUCUACAUCGCUCUCACUUCCAUUGACGGCAAUCAAAUGUGUGACCGCAUGGCUCUGCUACUCAAAGAACAAACUUCCUACCCUCCCACUCACUACAUCCGUAAGGUACCGCAGAGAAAGAUCCAUUACUUCACUUUCCUUCAGAUGGUGCAGCUGCUUUUCCUGUGCACGUUUGGGAUGUACCCUCUCCCAUAUAUGAAGAUGAUCUUUCCUCUGCUUAUGUUUAUCCUCAUACCCAUCAGGAACUGUGUACUGCCCAGGAUUAUUGAGGCAAAGUACCUGGACAUUAUGGAUGCACAGCGCAUGUAACUGCAUGCACACUGAGCCUCUGAGCAAAGGACUCUGGGAAUUGUAUUUCUGAAAUGCAAAACUCUGGGAGGAAAGAAAACUGAUUCUAGUGUUUAACAGCAGGCGUUCUGGUGAAGCACUGAACAAGUGAGAGAGAGAGAGAGAUUAGAAAAGAGGGAUAUUUUAUAAAAAGAGCAAGAGAGAGAGAGAGAUUCAUGUUCACUGAGUAGAAAGACAGACUGCUGUGUGACUGUUGACGUUGGUCAGUCACUGCUUCUCUCAUGAUCUGAAUCCUACAAAGCCCCCCUCUCUCUCUCUCUAGUCUAUUCUGAUGUAUCCAUGCACCACAAUAUGGAUAAAACACUUGAUUUAUGAGACGUAGGAAACCAUCACAUGCACUCUCAAAAAUUGUGCCAUAACAAAAGUACAUCUUUGAUCAUAGUGUUCCUGACACAAAUACAGCUAAUUUUUGAAGACACAGUGAAGUGUACCUUUAGAGAAUGAAUCUAUCUGUAGCAAUACCUCUUAAUGCUGAAUAUUAACACACAUUCAGUGUGUCUCAAAGUCAUAGCCUCUCAUACAUUGAGUAAAAAAGCUGUUUAUUAUAGAUUUUUCCAGUGUGUUUUGGUACAUAUCAGUGACAGUAAUUAAUAAUGAAGUGAGCAUGAACCAAAAGUACACACUCACCUUAUUAAGAUAACUGUCUCAUAGCAAUACAGCAGAUUGAUUAUUAGAGGAUAUCAAUAUUUUAGAGUUUUCUAAAGAGAGUUUUCUUUUGAGGUAAUAGACUUCUAGUUUGGAUACCCACUGAUGUGUUGAGAAUGUAACAUAUAAGCGCUGGUGAUUCAGGGAUAGGCAUUUUUGUGGACAUUGCUCACUGCUGAAUGGACUCUGACAUUUAAGCUUUGCACAUCACAGGACAACACAACUGUGUACCUUCCCAAAUGACACACACACAUACACAGAGGCAUGGCUAUAAACAACGCACACGCGCUAUCACGUCUGUCCAUUACACAAUAUAUUUAAAACAGAGAAGGCAUGCCUUUUAGAAGACAACUUUUUGAUUUGUAUAACUAUCAUAUCAUUUGUUUUGUUUUUAAUAGCAACUAGAAAUAAUGGUCAAACUAAGGUGUUGUACCAUAUCCCUACAUUAGAGUUCAAUCUUGUGGAAUAAAACUCUCUCAGCAAACAUGUUUAGCACUGAGAGACCCCAAGAUACUGGAAUCUGAGAUGAUUCUGACCCAUCAACCAAGUUACAUUCCCAGAGAGAGUGUGAAAAGAGAGGAGGAAAUGAUGAAUAGAGAUUAAUUUAGGCGCACAAAUGGAGAGAGACAUGGUUUGAUUAAUCAUGGGCAAAACGUUUGAGCACCUGUGCACUUAAUCAUAGGCAAGAUGAGAGUAGAGAAAGCUAAAAUAAGGCUAGAUUGAUAUUUGUCAUGGUAAGCUUUAAGCUUGAGAGUGAGAGACAUCAAAUGUGAGUUCAUUUUCUCUUGAACAUCUUGCACCACUUGCAUAAUCAUCAUUCCCCAUUUCUCUCUCUGUAUUCCCUGUAACAGUAUAAUAGUUAUUCUCCUUGAAUCCUGACCUCUUGUGUAAAAACAACCUACCUUAAAUAACCCUGUUUUUCAUUGGACAUCUCUCAGUAUUUACUGUAAUAUUGAAGUAUUCGACUUUUAAUUUGUGAUUGCUCACACCUGGGUGGGACAUGUUGACAAGUUAUGUUCUGUGCUGUUUAAAUAUUGUUUUUUAUUUUUUAUUGUUUUUUAUCAUGAAUGUAUAAUGUGUAAAUUUUUAUAUAACACAUAAAAGAUUCAUUGUCAAGUUGAUUUUGUCAAACAGAUAAGCUAAAUUUGUAAACUGCAAUAUGUAAAAACUAAAGUAAAUAAGAGACAUGUUUAUUAGAAUGAUGGUGUGGGUUUAAUAGGGGUAUGAUAUACACUGAAAUCUAGGUCAUUUCAAGCUGAUUGCCAAAUAAAGAGGUACAUUGAUACCCA